CUCCAGUUAGGAGCAACACCCUUCAGCCAAAAAUGAUGUCCGUCUCGAUGAUGUGGCCGUCGGCCUCAACGGCCACGAGUUUGCCGGUGAAGGCCAUUCCGGGGAGCUACGGCCCGCCGGUGGUCGGCCCACUCAAAGACCGUCUCGACUACUUCUGGUUCCAAGGUACCGAGACCUUCUUCCGCAGCCGCAUGGCCACUUACAAGAGCUCCGUCUUCCGCACCAACAUGCCCCCAACCUUCCCCUUCUUCACUCAGGUCGACCCGCGCGUCAUCGCCGUCCUCGACUGCUCCUCUUUCUCGGCUCUCUUUGACAUCUCCCUCGUUGAUAAGCGCAACGUCCUCAUCGGAGAUUUCAUGCCCAGCCUCAAAUUCACUGGCGGUACGCGCGUCGGUGUCUACCUCGAUCCUACAGAGCCCAAACACAAACUCGUAAAAAACUUCUGCUUUGACAUUCUCAAGCGUAGCUCUCGUGUUUGGAUAUCUGAGUUCUUAAGACACUCGGAUCUCAUGUUAAAUAACUUUGAAAAGGAAAUCGAUGAGAAAGGAAGCACAAGCUUUUUCAUUCCCAUGCAGAAAUGCAUCUUUGCGUUUCUCUGCAAGGGCAUCGCUGGAGCUGAUCCCUCGAAAUCUAAAGAAAUAGAAGACACUGGUUUCGCAUUGUUAGAUAGCUGGCUAGCUCUUCAGCUACUCCCAACGGUGAAAACUGGCGCUAUUCCUCAACCUUUGGAAGAGCUUCUCCUGCAUUCUUUCCCUUACCCAUUUUUUUUUGUCAGCGGGGCCUACCGGAAGCUGUAUGAGUUUAUUGAAAAGGAAGGGCAGGAAACGAUCGAGUUAGCCGAAAGUGAGUAUAACUUGGGUAAAGAAGAAGCAAUCCAUAACAUUUUGUUCGUGCUCGGCUUCAACGCAUACGGUGGUUUCUCAAUCUUCUUCAACUCACUCAUCUCCACCAUAGGAAAAGACAAGAACGGGUUACGACCCCGACUGAAGAGUGAAGUCCGGAGAGUAUUGCUUAACGGAAAGAGAAGCAUCAAUUUUGAGACCGUGAAAGAGAUGGAGCUGGUUCGCUCUACCGUGUACGAAGUACUGCGGUUGAACCCACCUGUGCCGCUGCAGUACGGCCGUGCGCGGGUAGACUUCGAGCUGCCAUCUCACGACUCGUUGUUCCAAGUGUCCAAGGGUGAGCUGCUGUGCGGCUACCAACCGUUGGCGAUGAGGGACCCGAUGGUUUUCAAGAACCCGGAGGAGUUCGUGCCCGACCGGUUUGCUAAGGAUAAGGAGCUUCUCAAGUAUCUGUUUUGGUCGAAUGGGCCGGAGACUUCUGAGCCUACUACAGGAAACAAGCAGUGUGCGGCCAAGGACCACGUUGUAUGGACAUCGUGCAUGCUUGUAGCUCAGAUAUUCAACCGGUACGACAGCUUUGAGUGCGAUGAGGCCGGGUCCUCCAUUGUUAAGCUUGAGAAGGCAACGUAGGCAAUGAUGUGCAGUGAGUCCGCAGUGUUGUGAAGAUGAUCGGUGACCUGUGUCUUGGAUUUACCGUAUGUACCAGUAUAAACAGUAGAUGGGUUUGAGUGCUAAGAGGGACCGUUUUGCUUUGUUUUUAUUCACGUACGUCUAUCAAUUAACGAAAUAAUGCUGUAAAAUAGCGCAGAUGAGGAACGCCGGUUGAGUGCCAGCUGGAUCGAAGAUGCCUUAUCUUGGAUGGAGGGAUGCAUUUUUUUCAAUUUCUCUGUAUUGGUUUCUUUUUUAGUUAAUAUUAUUGUUUUAAGCUACAUCUAAUCUUUCUCGUUAAAUUUUUAAUA